GGGCGACCCGCCGCGACUGCAGCGAGAACCUUGGACAUGAGUUGAGAGGCCCUAUCUUUUCAUGCCCAUGUCCAUCUCGCGAGUGAUGAGUGAGAAACCGAUUGAUUGAUUGAUUGAUGUGUGAUGCCUCACUAGCUCCUUCGUGGCAAAUCUCAUCAGCAACAGAGACGGCUGGUGUGACAGCUUGUGAAGAAAACGCCGGCUCGCUCGCUCGCUCCGUCUCUCUCUCUCCUCCUCGCUGCAUAUCUUUCCUUUGCCGCUUGCUGUCUCCCUCGCCUCUCUCCAGUCUUCUUCACCACCCUGCUUCCUCCCUCUUCCUCUUUUGUUUCAUCAGAGAGAAAAAAAACUAGAUUUAGCGAGGGCGGACCGACGACGCAGUAGAAGCAACCGAGACAUGGAGCGGCGGAGGAAGGCAAUGUGGCUGUACCCCAAGGUCGUCGGCUUCAACCCGCCGGAGAGGUGGGGCCACUCCGCCUGCUUCUUCGAAGGCUUCGUCUACGUCUUCGGGGGAUGCUGCGGCGGCCUGCACUUCGGCGACGUGCUGAAGCUGAACGUGGAGACCAUGGCGUGGAGCCUUGUGGCCACGACGGGGCAGUGCCCGGGCACGCGGGACAGCCACGGCGCCGCGCUGGUGGGCCACCGGAUGCUCGUCUUCGGGGGCACCAACGGCGGCAGGAAGGUGAACGACCUGCACGUGCUGGACCUGCGCACCGGGGAGUGGACGCGCCCGCAGUGCAAGGGCGCGCCGCCGCCGUCGCCGCGGGAGAGCCACACCGUCACCGUCGUCGGGGGCGACCGCCUCGUCGUCUUCGGCGGCAGCGGGGAGGGCGAGGGCAACUACCUCUGCGACGUGCACGUGCUGGACGUGCCCACCAUGACGUGGUCCUCGCCCGAGGUCAGGGGCGGCCACGCGCCCGCGCCCAGGGACAGCCACAGCGCCGUGGCCGUCGGCCGCAGGCUCUUCGUCUUCGGCGGGGACUGCGGCGACCGGUACCACGGCGACGUGGACGUGCUCGACGUCGACACCAUGGCGUGGUCAAUGUUUCCGGUGAAGGGUGCAUCGCCCGGCGUCAGAGCAGGUCAUGCAGCUAUGAGUGUUGGAUCUAAGGUAUAUAUUAUCGGAGGCGUUGGCGACAAGCACUACUACAGCGAUGUCUGGGUUCUUGAUGUCACAAACCGCUCGUGGAGCCAACUUGAGGUGUGCGGGCAGCGACCGCAGGGGCGGUUUUCUCAUACCGCAGUGGCCAUGAAUACUGACAUCGCAAUCUACGGAGGAUGUGGCGAAGAUGAGCGUCCCCUGAAUGAGCUUCUCAUUCUGCAGUUGGGCUCUGAGCAUCCAAACGGCCGCUACAACAUUUCCAUGUGCAAGGUUCUUAGCAACCACUGGAGCCAGGAGAAGAGGAAGUUUCUCAGAUCAGAAGCUAGAGAUGCAAGUGUGAGCAAUGGGGAGAUGGCUCAGAAACCCCGAGAAGCAGAAACGGAGCAAAGGAACCCGUUCCUGCGUGGCCUAGAGAAUGGCCGCGUGAAGCGAAGGAGAACCGGUGAAGCUCGCCCGAAGGAGGCCGAGUCAGAGCAAGAGGAGCACUCGCUGUCCCUUUCCCAACAUUCCUCGCCGUCGCAGUCGGAUCAGGAGCAGACCGGAGCUCACAAGCUUCCGGCCUCGGCCAACACGUCGCCUUCAGCCCUGCAGCCGUUCGCUCGUCUCAACGGCAAUGGCGCUCAGCUGAGGGCCGCCGGACCCGGAGGCGUCUCCUCGAGGCCUCUCAAGGCGGACCAGCUUCUCCGCACCAUCGCGCCACAGCAUCGGCGGGAGGUGCAGUUCCUUUCCUCCGACCAUCAGCCGCAGCCCCGGGGGCCUCCCGGCCCACCACACCUUAUUGGCGCAGAGGUUCAUGGGACAGUCGAUGGAGCCUUUGAUUCUGGGUACCUCGUGACCGCCGUCGUGAACGGGCAGCUCUUCAGAGGCGUUCUGUUUGCUCCGGGACCUGGGGUCACAGCUCCGAGGCCGGCGGUGCAUCACCAGAUCCUGACGAGCUCCGCCGUGCCUCCCCAGCAACGGCCGCUGCUGGCGCACGCCAUCCCCGUCCACGCCCGGCCAGUGCCGCUGCCGCAGGCCACGGGCUUCGUGCUGCCGGACUGUGCCCACCACGCGCGGCAAGGGUUCCCGGCGAAGGCCGUCAAGUCCGAGCCGGAGCGAGGCAGCAGCGACCUGCACGAUGUUGUGCUCACGCUGGGAGGGCCUGGAGGGGGCAAGUGAGCCCCCCCAUGGAAGGCCUCAAGAACUGUCGAGGUCCUGGCCUGCUGCUGUUGGCCUCUUGGAUUGCUUUGUAAAUUAGUCUGGUUGAGGAAAAAAAUAAGACUAGCAGCUUUUCUAUAAUCUUUCCCGGGUGAUUUUAGGGUUCUAAUAUGUGACUUUACAUAUAUAAAUAUAGUGUUAGCUUGAUGCA